CAUCUCAGCACAAUGACGUAAGUGUUUGCCUUAAGAUGAGACAGCAGGGCGAAACUUGGUUGACGUAGCCCAGCAACAUCGUAUCAAAGUUGAUUAGCUGUAAUUUUGGCUAAUUCGGGACCUAUUUUAUCUUAACGAUUACUUAAUAUAUAACCCUCGACAGAAGGAAAUAUAUUGUAUAUUUUUAUUUUUGGCUUCUGAGAGUCUUUAACGCAUGAAGCGCGCGUAGUAAUGAAGCGCUCGUGAUCAACUGAUGCGUCUCAUAAACAAAGUUUCUUUGACGUCGUAGUAAAUAUAAUAGCACCUUGUGGUUCUCCAGAAAAGCAUAACGUCUUUAUAUCUGAAAACACUGACUUGUUAAUAAGCCGGUAAGAAGAUUAAAGCCAUGUCGGGUAGAGAGGACGAGUAUGACUAUCUCUUUAAAGUGGUUCUGAUCGGCGACUCCGGUGUGGGCAAGAGUAACCUGCUCUCUCGCUUCACCCGCAAUGAGUUCAACCUGGAGAGCAAGAGCACCAUCGGGGUGGAGUUUGCCACACGCAGCAUCCAUGUGGAGGGCAAGAACGUCAAGGCCCAGAUCUGGGAUACGGCUGGACAGGAGAGAUACAGGGCCAUCACAUCAGCGUAUUACAGAGGUGCCGUAGGAGCCCUGCUGGUGUAUGACAUUGCCAAGCAUCUGACCUAUGAGAACGCCGAGCGCUGGCUGACCGAGCUGCAGGAUCAUGCUGACAGCAAUAUUGUCAUCAUGUUAGUAGGGAACAAAAGUGACCUGCGCCAUCUGAGGGCCGUUCCUAUGGAUGAAGCCAAAGCGUUUGCAGAGAAGCAUGGACUUUCUUUCCUGGAGACCUCAGCGCUGGACUCUUCUAAUGUUGAACUUGCCUUUCAGACCAUUCUUACAGAAAUGACCGAAAUGCACAAACAUACAUUCCUUUAAUGGACGAGCGUCUGUCCCUGAUCAGUGCUGGGGAUUUGAAGAACUAGAAAUGAAGGUAAGAAAAUACCAUCACGUUGUUGUCCCUUCAUUUUUAAGUAAAUUAAGAUGCUAUUUCUAAAGACUGCUAAGUGUCAAAAUACGCUAUCCGUGCAAAUACAACCAACUAACCCAAAAUAUAACCUUAGUGCAAUAAUAACAAGAAUAUUUGCCAUUUGAGUUCGCUGUCGAGAAAUGCACAUGCAUUAUGAUUGCAAAUGCUGUUUGCUUACUUAAAAAUAAGGUGCUUUUAAGAGCUUUAAUUUAAGCCUUUUCAGUUUUUUUUUAUCAAAUCUGAGUUACUUAAAGGGAUUUGAAAUAUAUUUCAGUUAAACAAAGUACCUUAUUACACUAACGCUCAUAGAAACAAAAACAAAACAAGGCGCUACUGCGGCCGUAAUACAUGAAUUCAGAUGAGGCAAACGACUAAGUAUAUCUGCUGUAACAGUCAAAAGUUUUUCAGAACUAAUAUUUAAGAUGCUAAUGGCUCAAAGGUAAAUCGUUAUAGUAAGUUAAAUACAAUCACAGGCUUACCCUAGCAUAUCUUCUAACACCGCGCACAUGUGGCAAUGGCGCAGAGAGGCUCGAUGGGGGAAAAACUGACCCAUUUCAAACCGAGUACAUUUUCAGUGGCUCCAUUCUUUUGUAGUAGCCUUCUAGCGAAAGGGGGGAAAAAGACAGUUUCCCAACCUCCGAACACUCUAAUCCCCUAUCCCGAAAUCCCCCAGCCUGCAAUGAGACAGGCACUGGGUGUGUAAUUUGAUUCAGCAUGAGCCGCCACCAAAUUGGGCGUUCCCCCCCUGCUUUCUUGUCAAUUACAAUUGUCUGAUUUCAUUGUGGAGUUCAAGGUUGUUCUCCGAUUGGCUGCUCGUGACCGUGCCUGUCUCGAGGGGGUCACGGCAGGAUGUCCCGCUCAUGAAGGAAGACUCAAUGGAAACUUCUGUGGCCUGCCUCUUGUGCACAUUAAACGAGAAAUCUCAGAAGUAAAAUGCUUUGGGUCUAUCUAGUCACACUCUCUACCCAGAAUGGCCAGCUUUUCUCUUUGAAAUAAAAUCUGCUCUUGGAUUUUUUUUUCACCCCACGGCAGGACAAAAGAGGCCCCAUUUCUUCCCAAUGGGAAUACCAGAACGGGAGCGAGCAAGCGAUCAACAGGAGGGGCCCCAGCUGCACCUAGUUUAGCCCCCUGCGCGGCGUCUCCGUCCACAUUCACACCACUGUAUGCCUACAGCAGUUGCUUUGCACCUGGACUCUGAUGUAUGGCUAAUUAUCAGCUCCUCCUAGGGCAGGCCAUGUCGGGGCGCUCCGGGGAUUGUACCACCACUGCGACAAAACAAUAUACUCACAGGGAGGAGCUCUUUAGUCAUUACAGCGAAUGAGCGGUUCGUAGAAUUAGAGCAUAGUCCCCACCGACAAGCCCGACCCUCAGAAAAUAAAAAAGUACGAUAUGCAACACCUGCCUCAGUACAGACGGACAGUCAGAGGACGCUUUGCAACUCAAAUGCAGCACCUCGGGAACGGGUGAUUUACAUUGUACUGUAGCUCGGAGUCUUGCUUGCUUUUGUCUAUUUGGUCUAUUCAGGAUCAGAUUACAGACCCCCUCCCAUCAAUCGCCCCCUCCAGCUUUUUUUUUGUACUUCAUUUUAUGCUUUAUGCUCAGCGUUUUACUAAAUAAUGUGGAAAAGAAAAAAAUCAUAAACGUACUGACUGAGUGCAGAAAAGAGAAUAAAAACGUUACUGAAAGAACCCGGGAAAUCCUCUUGGAAACAGAACGCUGGAUGAGUUCCAAGGUUUUUUGAGCUGACCAAUCAGUUUGCUCAAAUUAGUUGUUUUCUUUUUUUUCUGUAUUGUACUUAAGACCGUUUUAGAUGCAUCACAUAAUAGGCUCACUGGUGCAGAAACAGAACAAAACAGAACAAAAAAAGAAACUUCCUGUUUUACUCGUCAAUUACCCGUUCGAAUAUUGAUUUGCAAAGCAGAUACUACAUCGGUAAUUGUGUCAUUUAGAACAUGAUCCGAAUUUAAAGCCAUCAGGUCGUAUAUAUCAGCCCCUAUUUCUAUACCAUCUAUCUAUUUUGCAGAGACAUCUAGAAAUGUAAUGUUUUUUUGACAAUCACUUUACAUCAGUUUUAAGGUGCAAAGAUUUAAGAUUCUAGUUUGCCUUAAAAAAAGAAUACUCGCUCAUUUGCAGAAGAUGCUGGGAUGUAAAAAUUUACUCCAAUCUUAGGAAAUGAACUCGUAAUUAUAUUUCUUUUAUAUAAUAAUAUACCUCCCCAGCAAAAGAAAAGUGUAAAAUGUUCACAUUAUUUCUUCUGUUACUGUCCACACACAGCAUGUGGAAAAAAACAGCACCAUUAAAAAAAAUAAAAUAAAAUAAAGCAAAACAAACCAACAUGCUAAGAACU